UGCCAUAGCCAUAGUGCAGGAGACGCUGAACUGACCAUCACACGAAAGGCAAAUUUUGAUUUUUCUUAUUUUACAUUCAAGGCAAAAUGAAGCACGGCCGUGUUACGGAGCUUCCGGAGGAUUUCUGGAUCACCGUCCCUCUGGAUAAGGACAACAUUACAUCUCUCAGCCCCUUCCUGGUCCCCCACGACCAUUUAGGAAGCAAAGCGACCUGCUAUGCAAUGGCCGUCUCCAUGUUUGUUAUAUUUACCCUGGGCACAUUCAUCAAUGUGCUUACAAUUGCGUGCACCCUCCAAUACAAGAAGCUCCGGUCUCACCUCAACUACAUCCUGGUGAACUUGGCAGUGGCAAACCUUCUUGUGUCUGGUGUGGGCUCUUUCACUGGCCUCUGCUCCUUUGCAAGCAGGCAGCGAAGGCCCAAGCUGAAUCUGCAUCCACCCAGCAGGCAGAGAAGGAGGUGACCAGGAUGGUGGUCGUCAUGGUGUUUGGCUUCUUGGUGUGCUGACUGCCUUACACCACCUUUGCUCUUUGGGUUGUCGACAACCGCAGGCAGACUUUUGACCUGAGAUUUGCUACUAUACCGGCCAUCUUCGCCAAGUCCCCUGCAGUCUACAACCCAGUUAUCUAUAUUCUCCUCAAUAAACAGGUCUGUUGGAAAACCUUUCAGAUUGAAAACACAUUACAGUUAUGGUUUUUAAGUUGUGUU